CUGAUCGUGGGGCUCUACGGGGCCGGCUCUGCCUUCGUCAGCUGUGCCUUUGCCGACCGUCUGCAGUCGCCUGCAGCGCGUGUCGUGCUGCCUCCCGCCAAGGAAGGAGGCAAGAGCGAGGACGUGGCGACGGUGCAUCAAGUGGACGAUGCCACCCUUCUCGUAGUGGGGCUCAAGGCCAUCCCCGCCGAUCGCGCAUUCGCCUUCACGCGCCUCCUCUACCAACACCUGCCCGCUCCCGAAGAGACUUUGAUUUUGCACAGCCUGGGCCGACAUGAGUUCCACUCCUCGUCCGACGCGUACUCCUCUUCCACAUUCCGCCUGCUGGAGACUCGUGCCUCGCGACAAAAACGUGAGAGCUCGCAGACCAAGCCGCCGUGCGCUUACCUGGAGGUGCCCAACAUGGUCGAGGGUGCUGCCGCUGCCAUCGUUUCCCACUUGGAGCGGCGAGGCCAAGUGGGCCGAUUGAUGGUGAGUGUGCUGGGCGAAGAGCCCGGCGGUCGCCUCGGGCUCGAGGCCGUCCAGGGCUUUGCUGAGGUCCUCAACACCUCUGGCGGCGGCGACAGCCUCCUCGCGCUCACCGACGCGCAGCGCGCGCAGGCCGCCAGCGCCUACCCGGCAGCCGUGAAGGCCUUCAACGCGCGCCUCUCCCUCCCCAAGACCAGCAUCUUCCUCUAA